AUGGCUCCUGUUCUUGGUUCUCAUGCCGAGGAUGCUGCCCUCAAGCGCCGCCUGGCCCUUGCUGGCUCGUCGGGGCCGAUGGCUGUCUUUCAGAAUCUGCGCGUUGUCGGCAUUGCAAUGUUUGCGUGUCUGGGUGGGCUGUUGUAUGGAUACAACCAGGGUGUCUUUAGCGGCGUCUUGACCAUGACGGCCUUUGGAAACCACAUGGGCGAAUACACCACCAACUCGACCAAGAAAGGAUGGCUGACUUCAAUCCUCGAGCUGGGCGCCUGGUUCGGGACACUGUACUCUGGGUUUCUUGCUGAGACGCUGAGUCGCAAGCACGCGAUCCUGAUUAACACCGUGGUUUUUAUCGUUGGCGUCAUCAUCCAAUGCACGGGAGUGACCUCGGCCGGGGCCAAUUCAAUUUUGGCUGGUCGGUUUAUUACUGGUAUGGGAGUGGACAAUGCCGAGUGUGCUCCUCCCGAGAUCCGUGGGUUGCUAGUCGGUUUGCAGCAAUUUUCCAUCGAGUUCGGUAUCAUGAUUUCCUUCUGGAUCGACUACGGAACAAACUACAUUGGCGGCACUGGCGACGGACAGAGCGACGCCGCCUGGCUUGUGCCCCUCUGUCUGCAGCUGGCGCCUGCCAUCCUGCUCUUCGUCGGCAUGAUCUUCAUGCCCUAUUCGCCUCGAUGGCUGGUACACCACGGCCGCGAGGAGGAAGCGCGCAAGGUGAUUGCCCAGCUACGUGGAGACCGCAACGACGAGGCCGUCGAGCUUGAAUUCUUGGAAAUUAAAGCGCAGUCUCUGUUUGAGAAGCGCUCCAUCGCUGAGAAAUUCCCGCACUUGUCCGAGCCCUCGGCGAUGAAUACGGCGAAACUGCAGUUUGUCGCUAUUGGCUCGCUGUUCAAGACAAUGCCCAUGUUUCGGCGCGUGAUUGUGGCUACGAUGACCAUGUUUUUCCAGCAGUGGACUGGCAUCAAUGCGGUGCUGUACUAUGCCCCGACAAUUUUCGCAGCGUUGGGCAUGUCCACAAACACAACUUCGCUGCUGGCCACCGGUGUCGUGGGAAUCGUCAUGUUCGUCACCACCAUCCCAAUGAUGCUCUACGUCGACAAAAUCGGCCGCAAAUCCGUACUCAUCUCCGGCGCCAUUGCCAUGGCCGUCUGCCACCUGAUCAUCGCCGUCAUCUUCGCCAAAAACCAGCACCAAUGGCCGACCCACCAGUCUGCGGGUUGGGCAGCCGUCGUCAUGGUGUGGCUCUUCGCUGCCAAUUUUGGCUGGUCCUGGGGCCCCUGUGCAUGGAUCAUUGUGGCCGAAGUGUGGCCACUGAGCGCGCGGCCCUACGGAAUCGCGUUGGGCGCGAGCGCCAACUGGAUGAAUAAUUUUAUUGUUGGGCAGGUUACGCCGGAUAUGAUUACGGGUAUGGCGUAUGGCACGUUUAUCUUCUUUGGGCUGAUUACGCUGCUGGGCUCGGUAUUUGUCUGGGUGUUUGUGCCAGAGACAAAGCAGUUGACGCUCGAGGAGAUGGAUGUGAUUUUUGGGAGUCAGGGUGUUGCUGCGGCGGAUAAGGAGAGGAUUGAUCAGAUUCAUCGCGAGUUGGGGCUGGCGGAUUUGUAUGCUGCUGAGGUGCAUGAGGAUGUCAAGGAGAGUGAGAAGGAGAAGGAGAGUGUCAAGGAGAAGGAGACUGCUGAGUAA